AACGGUCAUCUAUCUACAAUACAUGUGUCCCGGACAAGGAAAUCUGCAAAGGAAAGUGUUCUCCUUUAACUGCAGAGGUCUCCCCAUCCCCUCACACACCUUUACCAGCCUGUGGUUCCUUCCUACACAGAGCAAGAGGCGGAGGAGAGGACGGAGAUCGGAGAUACGCAUCCUAGUUGAAGUCAAUGAGAACUUCUCUUCGGAGGAAACGGGCGUUUGUGAAGGAGCGUCAGGACGUUUGGAGAUCUCAGAGAUGCUUUUGAUGGUCUCAGCCGGUGAUAUCGCUCCGUUCAUGGUCAGAACAAAACUGAGAGACCAUUUCAAUGACUCAAUGUGCUCGUUUUGAGGAGCAAAGGAGACGUUUCUGUAGGAUUCUCAGUCCGGAGACGUGAUGUCUGUCAGCGUGCGUGCCCUGCUCUUAGUAUUGCUGAGUGUGCUUCAGGCAAACGGCCAGACGGAGAUGAAGAAGGUGGUCGGAGACAACGCCACGCUGCCGUGCCACCAUCAGCUGUGGCAAGCCGACAUCUCCCUGCUGGACAUCGAAUGGAUGCUGCAUAAGUCCAGCUCACGGCAGAAAGUGGUGAUCACAUACUUUGCGGGUCGGAUCUACGACCCCAACGAGAGCGAAGCUGGGCGGCUGUCCCUGGCGGGAGACUAUCUAAAAGGCGACGCUUCGCUCUUGAUCAGUGACCUCUCGCUCACCGACUCCGGAGAGUACAUCUGCAAGGUCAAGAACGGCGGGAAGUACUACUGGAACACAGUCAAACUCAUCGUGCUCUUGAAGCCGUCCAAACCACGCUGUUGGAUGGAGGGUCGUCUGCUGGAAGGAAGUGAUGUCAGACUAAGCUGCAAGUCCACAGAUGGUUCUGACCCAAUCAGCUACAAAUGGGAAAGAGUCUUAGACAAAGGAAAAUAUGCUGGCAAGCUGCCACCGCUGGCCCUAAUAGAUCUGAAGAACCCUGAGAUUGUGACACUGAAAAAUCUGACAAGGGAAAGCGCGGGUGUUUAUAAAUGCACCGCCAGCAAUGAUGUCGGAGAAGAAAACUGCACUUUAGAGGUCAAAGUCCACUAUGUCCGUGGGAUGGGCGUAGUGGCUGGUGCCGUGGUGGGCGUGUCUUUCGGCGUUCUCCUCAUCAUCCUCAUCGUCUGGCUUGUUUUCCGCAAGAAAGAGAAGAAGAAAUAUGAGGAGGAAGAAGCACCCAAUGAAAUAAGGGAAGAUGCGGAGGCUCCCAAAGCCAAACUGGUCAAGCCAAACUCUCUCUCCUCCUCCCGAUCUGGUAGUUCUCGCUCCGGGGCCUCCUCCACUCAGUCUAUGGUGCACAACAGCGCCCCCCGUGGGCCCAGGCCUCGACUGCCUGUCGUGGCUGCCCUUAAAGAAAGCGGACAGCCCGAAAACUUCCCUCCGGUACCACCACCGUACAACCAUGUGGUCCCCAAACCUCCGGAGCCCGGCAGUAGCCCCAAAGCCAGCCCGGCAAAGCUCAGCCCCGGGAACCUGGCGAGGAUGGGCGCCACGCCGGUGAUGAUCCCCGCCCAAACCAAGGCAUUCCAAACUGUGUAGGAAUAAUAAACACCCUAAACAUACACACAAACAGAUAAAUACACACACAGCAGCGAGCAUCAAAUCCCACAUCUGGUAUCAGGAGCAUUCCCAAAGGAUUUCCCACUCCCUGCGGAAAACCCAGGUGGUCAGGCCUUUUGAUUCAACAGAUUCGACUGUGUUGGAAAAUAAUGCUUUUGUUGUUUUUAUGUGCACACUGAAGUGAAAGAAGACCCCUUGUGGAGCGUAAAGGGUAAAGACAGAGAAAAAAAUGUGUGGUGGGGGGGGUUGGAUGUGGAGGGCUGUGGCUUGUGUUGUUAUGAUGGUUUAAGCAAACAAAAGAGGCAGAUAUGAACACAGAUACAACUCUGCCUUUACCCAGACAGACAGCCUGUCUACCUGACCGCACACUUCCUGUCCUCGCUGGUUUUGAACUGACAGCUACAGAACUGGAGGAGAAACUCACAAAAGCGGACUCUUUCCGGCACCUGCUCGUUUGCCCCUACGAGGAUUCACAUCUGCCACUCAUUUCCUCAGCCAAUCAGCAUUCGCCAGGCGGCCCAGUGGGCAUCACACCUCAACAGCCAAUGGCAGGUCACCUGCUGGGCACAGACGCUGCGAUUGGCCCAGAAUGAGGAGAAUUCGACACACUACGACAUAAACAGUGACAGUAAAUUUCUUUGUUCUUCAUUAGACCUAUAAAUAUUCCAUACGAAUAGACGUAUUCCAUAUUUAAGAGGUAUUUAUAGGAAUUCCAUAUAUUUUUAGUUCAAAUAUCUAACAGCAUUCGUAAUGUGUGUGUACAUUCCCUUUAAAUCAUUCAUUCACAUUCUUCAGGAUAAUGUAAGCAGUAUCUUCAGUAAUGAGGUUGAUCGUCUCAGUGGGGAAAUGGUUUGGCUCCGCUUUGGUUCUUGGUAUUUGCAAUUGAAAUCAGAUGUCUGGUUGGCGCAUCCCAUUGGAUCCAAGUAUGAUGAGGUUGGGUCAGGCUUAUUCUGUGCUGGUUUGUAUGGAUCUGGAGUGUCUAAAUGAUUACGAUGAAACUGAAAAAGCAGGCCCACACACAAUCUGCAUGUGUGGAAAGCUCCGGUUUUCCGCAGAAUUCGAACAUCGUUCACAAAGCUCUGCAUUUGUGGUUCUCAACCUUUUUGACUCAAAGUCCACCUUUUUCAACACAAUUAAUCAAAAGAUUUCUUAAGCGUAUUCCAACCUGAUCGCAUGGCAGUUCGUAUAUAUUUUAUGUAGAGAAGCACUGAUUGCAAUUUCUUGGUCGAUUCUGAUUUUCUUUCUAAGAAGAAUAAUUGACAGCAUAUACAAACAAAAAUAUAUACUUUUUUCCCAAUGCCAAAAAAUGUACAUAAUAAAAAAAUUAUUAAAUUUUUUUUUUAUUAAACAAUUCCCCCAAUCUAGACUAAAUUACAGAUGUUCUCUAUAAAUUAAUUUACACUGCAAAAUUUCAAAUGCAAAAAUUAUUUUUAAUAAAAUUAAUGUUUUAAAAAUUAAAAGACUGUUUUAAUGAGUGAGUCUUUAGUCUUUAUGAAUGGGUUUCUGAAUCAUUCAAAAACAUGGAAUCAUUAAGAAAACACCGACAUGCAGCAGUUCUGCUGUGGCUUUGAUUGGAACUAUUUUCUGCAAUGAAACUGAGCACAAACAGUCAAUAUUGUGUCUAAAAUUCUAAAAGUCACUUAAUUUAAACUUUAACUUGUUUUUUGAAAUACUAUUGUAUAAAAUCAAUGUCACAUUGCAGUCAUGUUGAUAUUUGGGCAAUCAUAUUGGUCGUGCAAUGUUGCGUACCUAAAUCAUAUUAUAAAUUAUAAUUAUAAUUUUAAUUAAUAAAACAUAUUAUUAAUAAUUCUACCACAGUAUGCAUUUAUCCGAUCGAUCGGUGCAUCUCUAAUUUUAUGAGGUUGCUAAUUUAAAAUUCGUACAAUUUUUUGCUAAGUCAUACAUAUUUUAUGAGUUCCCCAAUUCGUAUUAACUUGUAAGAAUGACCUGCCCCUAACCCCGCCUCCAAACCUGCUCAUCACUUGGGACUAAACAAAUCGUAUAAAAUUCGUACGAAUUAACCACCUCGUAAAAUACAUACGAAUUGGUCGUGAGAUAGCAUUGGGUAUUCCCCGCUAACAAGAAACAUAAACACAAAAAGGUUAUUAUUUCUGAAACAUUUUAGUUGGACAUUCAUCUAAUGUUUAUUAAAUAUUACUACUUGUUUCAGAAUGUUCAAAAAUAACAUUGCCAUGUUUGCAAAAUAAAAUUGAAUGCUCCCUUAACAUUCACGUAACCAAAAAAUACAUAAAUAAAUAAAAUAAAAUAAAACUUGGAUGUUCUGACUGUUCAGAGAACAUUAAAAAAUAACGUUUUCAUAAUAGGAAUGUUAGCAAAAAAAAAUUGUUAGCUGGGUUUCUGCUGAAAUUAUGGAAACGCUGCUUGUUUUGAAACAUUUUAUUACGAUAAACUGCGAGUGUUAAUAUAUUAAAUUUAGUACUGUCAAAUGAUUAAUCGUGAUUAAUUGCAUCCAAAAUAAAAGUUUUUGUUUAAAUUAUAUAUAUAUAUAUAUAUAGAUAGAUAGAUAGAUAGAUAGAUAUAGAUAUAUAUAACAUAAUAAAUUUACACAGUACACAUGCAUAUAUAUGUGAACAAAAACAGGAUGUGAUUAAUCGUUUGACAGCACUAAUUAAAUUAUUUAACCACAAUUUAUUAUUGUGAUUCAAGAAGAUCCAAGAUUCUAAUAUGUUCUUAAAAACAAUAGUUAUUAAAAGGUUAAAGUUUACAUACCUGAUUUUAUUUGUGUGUUUUUUUUAAAUAUUUUAAAUAGGAUUAAAUCAUUUUAAGUCAUCCUUUGUUCACUUUGUAAGUUUGCUAAGGCCAUUGCUCUACAUAACCCUUCAUUUUUGUGUUUGUUUAUUAAAUAUUAUGGUUAUUUGCUAAUGCUUUCAGGUACCAAAAAGAAUGUAGUACUUUCUGCUCAGUUUAAGACAUUGUAUAUCAUUUUAUUCAAAAAAAUCAACUGAAAAAAUGUGAAAAAAGUGCAAAUUUUGUCUGGGCCUGCGAAUGAGCUUUGAAUGUGUUCGAUAUUGUAUAGCUGACUAUUUUUUGUCAUUUCAGCAAUUGAGUUUUAAGAUUCAUUUUAUUUUUAGCUGUUUUAGCUUAAACACAUUAAUGUAACUGCGGUAGGUUAGAAGCUUUAAAUUCUUGAGUGCAGAUUUUAUAUACAUUAAUCUUUUUUGUAUCCUAGUUAUAUUCAGGUUACUCUAAUGCCAUUGCAAUAUAUUUUCUCUGUUUUUCAGUUGUUUCCCCUUCUUAGAUUUCAAUGUUUGAUGAAUUUGAAUGCUCAGAGAGGCGUUCAUACCCAGACCCAGCUGGAAAAAUGUGCUUUUUAAAUCCACAUUAGUAAACAGCAGGGGACCAUAACAUGGAUUCCUCUCCUGAAAGAGACAGUCUUGUUAUUUGUGUCUUCAGAAAUGAAUUAGAUGGAUGAACAAGAUGUCAGAAAAUAUUCAAAGUGACAGGUCACCCUUAAGGACAGAACAAUGUCUUCUUGCCGGAUAACCAGGGAAUAAGUGUCUCUGCGUGGAACAAGACUUAGAUGUCAAUGCUGGAAGAGGUAAAGGAACCAAAGGCUGACCUUAUUUAUCUAAAUCCAAUCCCUCACAACUCCAAUGCAAAAGAACACAGAAUGUGCACCCAUUUCCAUUGAUUUAGCAUCAACCCACAGCCCGGUCGAUUCCCCGGCUUUGAAGUCUCUUUCCACACGCAGGGAAAGUGAGGAAAUGAAGUAAUAUUAGUCAAAGUACUUCCUCGCAACCCGCUGUUCCUGUUCGGCUGAGUCUGCUGUUGAUAUGUGCUGAGACGCAUGGUUCAGUUGAGUUAGUGUUCGGUCAGUCACAGCUGAACAGUUUGAAUGCUGAGCUCUAAUGUUAAACACCCUGCAUACAAUUGCUUGAGAGAAUGUGCAUCUAAACACUAUUGGCAAUGGACCUGCAU